AUGAGUCGUGAACCUCUACCAUCCUCUUUGGACAUUAGCAAUCAAUUCCGGGAGGAAAGCGGUCUUCAAAAAUUUACCAGGCGACUCAAGGAAGAGCCAUUGAUCCCACUAGGAUGCGCCGCCACGUGCUACGCCCUCUACCGGGCCUACCGAUCCAUGAAGGCCGGCGACUCAGCUGAGAUGAACCGCAUGUUCCGCGCUCGUAUCUACGCUCAAGCAUUUACACUGGUCGCGCUGGUUGCAGGUGGAAUGUAUUUCAAGACAGAACGAACGCAACGCCGGGAAUUCGAGAAGGCGGUUGAAGAGCGCAAGUCACAAGAGAAGCGCGACUUGUGGUUGCGUGAGCUGGAGAUUCGUGAUAAGGAGGAUCGCGAGUGGCGAGAGCGCCAUGCUGCUAUUGAAGCCGCGGCCAAGGAAGGAAAGAAAACAUCAGAGCCGGAUGCUGCACGUGCGUCGAUUGAGCCGGCUGACGAGAAGAAGAUUGGGGUUCUGGAUGCUGUGAAGGUGUUACUGGCGAAAAGCAAUUAG